AUGAAUCAGCUUAAGUUAAAAUUCAGUUCGAUUGAGGCUCCACAGAGUUUUGACGAGGUAACUACACUCAUAUACUCGUUGAUAUCAACAACGAAACUUGCGGUUUUGCAAACUUACUUCGGUGACUCAAAAUUGUGGGGCUCCCUCAGACUAGUCAGAGACAUAUGGAUAGCGUACUUCUUGUAUAAUAAAAUCACCGACAUUUUCACCAUAAUAUGGGGAUAUGGCUUAAUUGGAAGUAUAAAAAGGUUAUGGAGAGCCAUAAAUGCCUCGAUAUUUUCCUUCGUGAUGACAUUACCCCCAAUUAAAAGAAAGGUCGAUAAGGAGUUGGAAGCAACUAUUGAAAAAAUCGAAACUUCCUUGAUGCAAAACGAUGACAAAUUACUUCAAUUCCCCAAGUUGCCUGAAGAAGGCAUAAGUAAGGAAUCAAUUGUGGAAGAGUUGGAUAAACUUCAGCAUUUAAAACAUAGCGAUUGGAAUAAUGGUAGAGUCAGUGGGGCCGUGUACCACGGGGGUGAGGAACUUUUAGACUUGCAAUCUGAAGCAUAUCACAAGUAUGCAGUUGCUAAUCAGCUUCAUCCUGAUGUGUUUCCCGGUGUUCGUAAGAUGGAAGCUGAAAUUGUUUCUAUGGUAUUGGAUAUUUUUAAUGCUCCAGAAACAGGAUGUGGGUCAACUACAUCCGGUGGUACCGAGUCUUUAUUGUUAACUGGAUUGGCAGCUAGAGAAUAUGGAAAGAAAAAUAAAGGAAUUAUCAAACCAGAAGUAAUUGCUCCUGUUACUGUUCAUGCCGGUAUUGACAAGGCAUGUUCUUAUUUUGGAAUGACUCUUCAUAAAGUUGAUCUUGACCCGGAGACUUAUCAAGUUGACAUUUCCAAAGUGAAGAGACUUAUUAAUAAGAAUACAGUAUUGUUGGUUGGAUCUGCACCAAAUUAUCCUCAUGGAAUAAUCGACAAUAUAGAAGAACUUUCAAAACUAGCCUUAAAAUACAACAUCCCCCUUCAUGUGGAUGCAUGUUUGGGAUCUUUUAUUGUUUCAUUCUUGGAAAGAUCCAAAGUUCAUGGAGAUAGACCUAUUCCAAAAUUUGACUUUAGAUUGCCGGGAGUUACUUCUAUUUCAUGUGAUACUCACAAAUACGGAUUUGCACCUAAGGGAUCCAGUAUUAUCAUGUACCGAAAUAGUAAGUUACGUGAAUGCCAAUAUUAUAUUCUGAGCAGUUGGACAGGUGGUAUGUAUGGAUCGCCAACAUUAGCUGGGUCACGUCCUGGGGCAUUAAUGGUGGGGUGUUGGGCUACCCUUGUUAAAUUUGGUAAAGAUGGAUAUGAAGAGUCUUGUAGGAGAAUAGUGGAUGCUACUAUGCAACUCAAGUCUACAUUGAAGACGGAAGAAACUUUAAGUAAAUAUUUGGAGAUUAUUGGUGAUCCUAUUGCUUCUGUCAUUGCAUUCAAAGUGAAAGAAUCCGAGGCAACCAAUAUCAAUAUCUAUGAACUUGGAGAUUUACUAAACAGUAAAGGUUGGCAUUUUGCUGCUCUUCAAAAUCCAGCAGGGUUGCACUUUGCAUUGACUAGAUUGACCAUUCCUGUUGUUCCAGAGUUGAUUGAGGAUUUGAUUUCUCUGACCAAAGAGGCAGUUCAGAAACGAGUAUCUAAUAACACAGUCACUAGUGACACAGCUGCCAUGUAUGGUGUUGCUGGAAGUGUACAGACAUCGGGAGUAGCUGACAGGUUAAUUGUUGGAUUUUUAGACACCUUGUAUAAAGUAUAG